UCUGUGUAAGACAGGCCCUUUUGAAUCCAGGAAGUCCAGGAAACACCCAGCCUUGAUAACAGCUUUGAGAAUGCUGGGAGCAAAGGUAAAAGGACAGAAGCAAAAAUCCACUCCAACAUGAAGAAUCCUUUGACAAACUGCUCAUAUAAUAAAGUGUACAAGGACCUUAAGGAAGCUUCUCAAAAUGGAGAGAAUUUCUGCAAACAGCUCACAUCAAUCCUUCAGCAAAGGGCUAACCUAGAGAUUAGUUAUGCCAAAGAUCUCCAGAAACUGGCAAGCAAGCUCACUAAAGUACUCCAAAACACAAAGAAAAAUUGCAUUUGCAGUACCUGGGCCUAUGCAUCUGAGAGCAUGAAAUCGGCUGCUGACUUACAUCAGAAACUUGGCAAAGCAAUUCAGUUAGAAGCAAUAAAACCAACUCAUCAAGUGUUGAGUGCACAAGAGAAGAAGAAAAGGACACUGGAUAAUGAAGUUGAAAAAAUGGCAAAUCUGGUCAUUAACAACUGGAGUCAGCAAAUUAAGGCCAAGAAGAAAUUAAUGGUAGAAACCAAGAAGCAUGAAGCUCUUUUCCAUUCCGUAGAAAGCGCCAAGCAAUCAGUGACUGAGAAGGAGAAGCGGAAGCUACUCAAUAAGCUGAAAAAAUCAACAGAGAAGCUGGCAAAGGAAGAUGAAAGUUAUUACCAAAAAAACAUAGCCGGUUAUGUGACCAGACUCAAAUGGGAAGCCACUUUACAAAACUGCUAUCAGAAUAUCCUAGACUUGGAAAAGGAAAGAAUCCAACUAUUGUGUAAUAUCUUAAACCAGUACAAUGAACAUGUUUCUAUUUUUGGACAAGCUUUGACCACUGGUCACACCCAACUUCACUGUGCCAUCAGCAAGAUUGAUAUUGAAAAAGACAUUAAGACUUUAAUGGAAGAAACUACAAUUUCAACUACAGAGGAAAAAUCUGAAUUCUUAUUAACUGAUUACUUUGAAGAAGAUCUCAAAAAUGGAAUGAAUAAAGAGAGACGAAAGUCUUCAAUAAAAUCAAAAUUGUCAAGAUUGCAGGAGGAUAUUGAAAAAGCCUCAAGAAACAAGGAAGGUCUGGAACGAAUGAUCAAUGUGUAUACAGCAAAUCCCUCUUUCUCUGACACAAAGACUAAAAAAGAAACUGAAGUGCUAAUGGAUGAGACAAGCCUGAAACUAGAUCUUCUGCAGGCCAACUUCUUCAAAUUGUCAUCAGUAUUGGCUGACUUGGAGCAGAAACCUAAACCAACACAUCCGUGCAGUUCUUGUAUCUCUAAGUGGAAAGAAAAGGAUCAGAUACAUAGUUCAGUAAAAAUAUCACGUCCUUUUAUGAUGAAGAGAUUAGAGAAUGCUGCAAUUAUGACAUCUUCCAGUGAACUGUUGAAUAACCCAGGAUCUCUAUCCUUAGCUUCAGGAACUACCGGUCUUGGUAAUGGUACAUGCAAAGCCUUAUAUCCAUUUCAAGCCAGACAAGAGGAUGAGUUAAAUUUGGAAAAAGGAGACAUCGUGACUAUAUAUGAAAAGCAAAAUGAAGGUUGGUGGUUUGGAUCCUUAAAAGGAAAAAAGGGCCAUUUUCCUUCUGCAUAUGUGGAAGAGCUGCCUUCAAAUAACACAGACUUGUCUUCAGAGUCAUAGGAUUAAAAUGUAAAUUUGCCCCUCCAUACACUUAGCUGACAAAGGAAGUUACCUUUUGAAAAUGGAUGACUUUUCAGCUUUUCACAACUCUUUGAAGUUUUGAUUAUUUUUCUUGAAACAGUAAAAAAGCACGGUGAGAGCUGCAUCUUAGA